CCCGACCGGUCUCAGCGGUAAACACGGUCCGUGCGCGCGGUUCUACCGCUUUCGCAAAUUAUUUAAUCUCACACAUUUAGGUUUUUUCUAAGGCUAUUUCUCUCCAACUUCAGCUACAGUGAUAGCUAAGUUUGGAGAGGAGGAAAGAGAAAUAUUCGUGUUUUUGCGAGGAAAUAUUUGAAACGAGGAUUUGUUUAUCGCGCAACCUGCAGAGGAAUUUAAUCCCUGACAAAUAAAACCGAACAAAAUACUGCAAAUAUAUAAAGCGACAUGGACAACGCCGCGACUAAGAGAACAUGCUGUGAAAGAAUUUCCCAAUUCUUCACGUCUUCGAAAUUCCUCAUUUACCUCGGGCAUGCGAUGUCAACCUGGGGGGAUCGCAUGUGGAAUUUUGCUGUGGCCGUGUUUUUGGUGGAGCUCUAUGGCAAUAGUUUACUCCUCACAGCCGUGUAUGGUCUGGUGGUCGCAGGGUCUGUCCUCUUGCUGGGCGCUAUUAUUGGUGACUGGGUGGACAAAAAUCCCAGACUAAAAGUUGCGCAGACGUCUUUGGUUGUGCAGAACAGUUCUGUCAUUCUCUGCGGCGUGCUGCUGAUGGUCGUUUUCCACUUUAAAGACCAGCUUUCUACCAUGUACAGUGGAUGGUUGCUGACAACAUGCUACAUUUUGGUCAUCACCAUUGCUAACAUCGCUAACCUGGCCAGUACAGCAAUGUCCAUCGCCAUUCAAAGGGACUGGGUGGUGGUGGUAGCCGGCGAAGAUCGGAGCAAAUUGGCAGAUAUGAAUGCCACAGUCAGAAUAAUCGACCAGUUAACCAACAUUCUGGCCCCGAUGCUUGUGGGCCAGAUAAUGGCAUUUGGUUCCCAUUUCAUCGGUUGUGGUUUUAUCUCCGGCUGGAACUUGAUCUCCAUGUGUCUGGAGUACUGCCUGCUUUGGAAGGUUUAUCAGAAGACUCCAGCGCUGGCCAUCAAGGGAGGACAGAAGGACAGUGACGACCAAGAGUUAAGACAGCUCAACGUACAAACAGAGAUCGGAAGCAGUGAAGCUCCAGUUGAAGGCUCCCAGCUCAUGAACGAAACCGCUGAAAAAAAGAAAGACACUGAGAAGGAACCCAGUUGCUGCUAUCAAAUAUCAGAGCCGAUUCGUACCUUUAAGGACGGCUGGGUCGCUUACUACAAUCAGUCUAUCUUCCUCGCUGGCAUGGCUCUAGCGUGCCUCUACAUGACUGUGUUGGGCUUCGACUGCAUCACUACGGGUUACGCGUACACACAGGGUUUGAACGGCUCUGUGCUCAGUCUGCUCAUGGGAGCCUCGGCUAUAUCUGGGAUCUGCGGAACGGUUGCCUUUACAUGGAUCAGAAAGAAGUGCGGCCUGAUCCGAACAGGCUUCAUCGCUGGAGUUACCCAGCUCUCUUGCCUCGUACUCUGCGUGGCAUCCGUCUUCGCUCCCGGCAGCCCCUUUGAUCUCAGCAUCUCGCCCUUCGAUGAGGUUCUUAGACAUCUGUUCGGAGAUGGAAAGCCUCUGCGUGAGAGCCCAACCAUGGUUUCCACCAUUGCACCAACGGUCAACUCAACCAUUUUCGAGGAAGCCCCCCAAAUAGAGUCGUAUUUGUCUGUCAGUCUUCUCUUCGCUGGUGUGAUUGCUGCUAGAGUUGGCCUUUGGUCUUUUGACUUGACCGUGACUCAACUGAUCCAAGAGAAUGUGAUCGAGUCAGAAAGAGGAAUCAUUAACGGCGUCCAGAACUCAAUGAACUAUCUUCUCGAUCUCCUGCACUUCAUCAUGGUCAUCCUCGCACCAAAUCCAGAGGCCUUCGGACUUCUCGUCAUCAUCUCGGUUUCCUUCGUAGCUAUUGGACAUAUGAUGUAUUUCAGGUUUGCCUAUAAAAGCCUCAGGAGUCGGCUCUUCCUACUCUGUUCACCCGAGCAAAAGCCGGAUCCCAAUAUUCCCUCACUUCCAAACUCCGUUUAACUCCUUAAAGAGACCGUACUCCCACUCGAGUAUUGUGUGCCGGGUUCUUCGUGAACCCAAUUAUAUCCGUUUUACUAACAUGCAGCUCUUGUUGCUUGCCGCGCUUGUGUUUCGCAAAGCCGAACGGAGAGCUGUUGGAGAUUGAUGUAUAUAAAAGCAUGCUGUGAUGUGUUCAAGGUGCUGUAUUAUUGGGUAACAAAUUGUAGGGGUAAAGAUACAAAGGAAGCUAUGGGUCUUGCUUUAAUGACUUUUUAAAGAGCUCCAAAGCAAACCAAGCAUAUUUAUUCUAGUUUUGCGUAUUUUAUGGUUUUUAUGAUCAUAGUAAACCUUUAGACUAGGCAUGCAAGUUUUGCCGUGCAUUUUCUUCGCUCGUUUUGAAAACUAUGGGUAAAGUCUCUUUAAUAGUUAUUCGGAGUAUACUAGUUAUUCAUUUAGAUAUGUUUAUAUAUCUAUAUAUCUGUAGUCAGUAUUGCAUAUAUUAGCUUUGGUGGUGCUAUUGCUAUAUUAUAUACAAAAGCUAUGCAGACACACAGUUUGUAACCAAAGUGGACCUUUUGUUGGAAGUGAGGGAAUUCUAGCCGUUUUCUUGGUAUACAUUCCAAAUAUUGUUGUCAUUCAAAAUGAAGGCCGUGAUAUCUCAGCCCAUCGACACUUUUUAUAGCACUGUAGUUCAUUUUCUGUCCUGUUUGAUUCGAAAGUGAUUUUUAGCACACAACUCUAAUUUUUUAAGAUUGUUACACAAGCACUUUACAUGAUUAUACAUUGUUUAAUAUACAGAAGAUGAACGCAACUACACACUUCAGGUAUUAUAACAUUUGCACAAAACGCCUCAAUGCCUACUUAGGCAAUGCUUGGCUGAAAUUUUGAUUUUCUGGAUCAAAACUUGGCAUUUUGUGAUCAAGAAUGGCAUCCCUGAGCACCAGGUGCUUGCACUUAAAACUACCGCCGUGAACCUUGUGAUUUCAUCUGCCUGCCACGCCUUAGAUUUGCCUUCAUUCAAAUCAGUAUGCUAAUCAUAUAAUACAAAGUAAACAAACGUAGGUUUUAAGUGACACCUGGUACUCGUGCCAGUCUCAAAGCCACAACCUUUAUACUUGUGCCACCAACAUCCUUAUGAAAACCACUGUUGGUUUGACAUACACAUGAGGUAUUUUGUAGCAGUUAUGUAAUAUUGAUGUUGGACCUCAGCACAACGGAUUUAUUUAGUCGACCGUCUGUGAGUCAGCAAAAGUGGUUGGUUUGUUGGCUUUAGGCAGUGCAGGUGGUUACCAACACAGGUGCCAAGUUGAUCCGUAGCAUUGACCAAUAUUAAUUUUCAAUAUACUACUAGACAAAAGGUUACAUCAGCCACUUUGUCCUGCUGUUUUAUUUUACCCAUACAAUUUAAGAAAAUCUAUUGUGUGCAUUGUGUAAGAUGCAUUAUACAUGUCUGUUUCUUUGUGAAUGUGAAGCCUUAUUUACAUCUCUACAUUUUUUAUAUUCUUGUGUCUCGUGUUAGUUUGAAGUUUUGUCCACAUAGGUAAUGCUAAAAGAUUUUUCCCGCAAAUCAUACAAGGAAAGAUUACGUUUAAACAUGUUGUACAGACUAAAAAAACGACACCCGGUUGAAUGUAACAUAAGCACAUAUGCAAGCGUUGUUUCUUUUUCGUGUGUGUAUUGCUUGCAAUAACUGUUGUUCACACUCCUUCAGGAUGGACAGACAGCUCAAGAUUUGUAGUACAGAAAUAAAAUAUUUACAUCCAA